UAUCUAGCUAGAUCUAUAGAGAGGCCAAAAAAGUUAAUCGCGCAGCCAAACAGGGGCUCAACAAAACUGUAGGAGCUUUACCAAGAGAGACAAGAGAGUCCACUCAGCGUCCGAGUCCGACGGUUCGUGGCAAACUGAAAUCAGUUGCUCUUCCUCUUCGGCCACUCUGGUUGUUUUGCUGUGUAAGUAACACAACGACGGAAAAGCAGCCAAAUGGCGCAAGCUAAAGAGUCCACGUCGUCGAGUCCGCUGACCCAAGCUGACUCUGAAGAUGUUUCCAGGUCUCUGCCAAGCUCCCCCAACUCCUCCACUCGCAAGGCAUGCUAUGCAGUGCUUCAGAGUUGGGUCUCCAAGAAAUUCAUGACUGGAUGUAUGGUUCUCUUUCCUGUCGCUGUUACGUUCUUCAUCACUUGGUGGUUUGUUCAGUUUAUAGAUGGUUUUUCCAGUCCAAUAUAUGCCAGGCUUGGGGUUAGCAUAUUUGGCCUAGGAUUUGUUACAUCCCUACUUUUUAUAUUCUUGAUUGGUAUUUUUGCUUCAUCAUGGAUGGGUGAGACAGUUUUCUGGAUUGGAGAAUGGUUCAUAAAACGUUUGCCCUUUAUGAAGCACAUAUACUCGGCCUCUAAACAGAUUAGUUCUGCGAUCUCUCCAGAUCAAAAGACCACUGCUUUUAAAGAGGUUGCAAUUAUCCGUCAUCCUCGACUUGGUGAAUAUGCAUUUGGUUUUAUAACAUCAUCUGUAACCCUUCAGAGGGAUGAUGGCGAUGAGGAGUUGUGUAGUGUUUAUGUCCCAACAAACCAUCUAUACAUUGGUGAUAUUUUUCUUGUCAAUUCUGAGGAGAUCAUACGACCAAAUUUGUCAGUUCGGGAAGGCAUAGAGAUCAUAAUCUCAGUUGGUAUGACGAUGCCACAAGUGAUUUCUCCGAUUGAAAGGAUUCCUAGGCAAAGUGACAGGAUUCCACCGAGCAGAAUGGCGUCCCUUUAAAAACAAAUGAUACGGAGGGCUUAUAGGACAGGUGCAGAUGUACGCAACAUGGUACUGUUCCUCAUCCGGACCCCAGGUGUCGUACGUGAUUACUAAUCUGCUUGUUCACAAAACACAGCUAGACAUGAGGACAUGAAACAACAUGAGAAGAGCUUUAUUUUUUCGUUCAUGGAUUCAUGGCUAGGGUUUGCAUUUUGAAUUCGUAUUGUGUAGGAGUAGGUUACGCGAUGUUUUAUGUUACGUUUUCUUUUUAACUGCUACGAUGUAUAUUCAGUAUACUUUUAAUGUUGAAAUGAAGUAUAGAAAUGCUGUUAUGAUGAUUUUA